AUGCGGUGCCACAAGUUUUGGGGCGCAUGGUCCUUUGGGUUUUACGUUUGGACGGCGAUGCUUUUCAGAGAAACCCUGCAGGGGGAACACCAGCGGAGGCUGUACAAAGAGCUGCUGGCUAACUACAACAGACUGGAGAGACCUGUGGUGAACGACUCAGCGGCCAUCUUGGUGGAGCUGGGCCUCACUCUGCUGCAGAUCAUAGACGUGGACGAGAAGAACCAAGUGCUGAUGACCAAUGCCUGGCUGCAGCUGUACUGGACAGAUAUCUACCUGAGCUGGAAUCCAGAAAAAUACCCAGGUGUCCAGAACCUGCGUUUCCCUUCAGACCAGAUCUGGACCCCUGACAUCCUCCUCUACAACAGUGCGGAUGAGCGGUUCGACGCCACCUUCCACACCAACGUAUUGGUCAAUGCCUCAGGUUACUGCCAGUACAUCCCUCCUGGCAUCUUAAAGAGCACCUGCUACAUCGACGUGCGUUGGUUCCCUUUCGACGUUCAGAAGUGUGACUUGAAGUUUGGCUCCUGGACGCACAACGGUUGGCUGCUGGACCUCCAGAUGCUGGACGUGGACACGUCCACAUACAUACCCAACGGAGAGUGGGACCUAGUGGGUGUGCCAGCAAAACGUAAUGAGCUUUACUACGACUGCUGCAAGGAGCCCUACCCUGAUGUAACGUUUACAGUCACCAUGCGCCGCAGGACUUUAUAUUAUGGACUCAAUCUGCUUAUUCCCUGUGUGCUGAUCUCGGGCUUGGCCCUGCUGGUUUUCCUGCUGCCUGCAGACUCUGGGGAGAAGAUUUCUCUGGGUAUCACGGUGCUGCUCUCGCUGACUGUUUUCAUGCUUCUCGUCGCAGAGAUCAUGCCGGCUACGUCCGACUCCGUUCCUCUGAUCGCUCAGUACUUUGCCAGCACCAUGAUGAUUGUGGGAAUGUCAGUGGUGGUGACUGUUAUCGUCCUGCAGUUUCACCAUCAUGACCCUCAUGGAGGAAAGAUGCCCAAAUGGGUUCGGGUGGUUCUGUUAAACUGGUGCGCCUGGUUUCUUCGUAUGAAACAACCUGGAGAUGAGCGCAAGCGACCCAAUUACAAGUACCGGCACUCCUCCCAGCACCACUCCAGCACCAGCUCCAUAGAGAUGAGCGCAGUACCGAGCCUCAGCGUUCCCCUCUCACAGACAUCCUGCCCCCCGUGCCCCACCGGCACCUCCAACGGUUCAAUGAACCUCUACUUUGGAAAUUACCACCACAUAGAGGGCCCACACUGCCCACCCUCCAGCGACUCCGGGGUAGCGUUGGGUGGGCGUGCCUACGGCACUCCCAGUGACGAGGCUGAGCCACCUGGAGGAGUUGGCAGCAGCGUUGGAGGCCUCGGGAUGGGGGUUGGUAUUCCCCCACCAGAGAUCCAACAUAUCCUGGAGGAGGUGUCCUACAUAGCCCAGCGGUUCCGUGAACAGGACCGGGUAGCGGCCGUCUGCAGCGAGUGGAAGUUUGCAGCAGCGGUGGUGGACAGGCUGUGCCUGGUGGCCUUCUCUCUGUUCUCUAUCAUUUGCACCUUCACCAUUCUCAUGUCAGCGCCCAACUUCAUAGAGGCUGUUUCCAAGGACUUUACAUAG